AUGGAGCUGGUCAAUAGGACAGAGAUCUCUGAGUUCUUUCUGAAAGGAUUUUCUGGUUACCCAGCCCUGGAGCACCUGCUCUUCCCUCUGUGCUCAACCAUGUACCUGGUGACCCUGCUGGGGAACACAGCCAUCGUGGCAGUGAGUGUCCUGGAUGUCCGCCUGCAUAUGCCCAUGUACUUCUUCCUGGGCAACCUCUCCAUCCUGGACAUCUACUACACGUCUACCUUUGUGCCUCUGAUGCUGGUCCACCUCCUGUCAGCCCAGAAGACUAUCUCCUUUACUGGCUGCGCAAUCCAGAUGUGUCUGAGCCUCUCCACAGGCUCCACAGAGUGUCUGCUUCUUGCCAUCAUGGCCUAUGAUCGCUACCUGGCCAUUUGCCGGCCACUCAGGUACCCCGUGCUCAUGAGCCCCCGGCUCUGCUUGUCGCUGGCGGGAACCGCCUGGGUCCUCUGUCUCUUCAAGUCAGUGACUGAGACAGUCAUUGCCAUGAGGCUGCCCUUCUGCGGCCACCAUGUGGUUAGUCACUUCACCUGUGAGAUCCUGGCAGUGCUGAAGCUGGCAUGCAGUGACACCUCUGUCAGUGAAGUCUUCCUGCUGGUUGGGGCCAUCCUGCUGCUGCCUAUACCUCUGACAUUUGUCUGCCUGUCCUACACACUUAUCCUGGCCACCAUCCUGAGAGUGCCCUCAGCUGCCGGACGCCGCAAAGCCUUCUCCACAUGCUCGGCGCACCUGGCCGUGGUGAUGCUUUUCUAUGGCACCGUCAUAUUCAUGUACAUGAAACCCAAGAGCAAGGAGGCCCGCAUCUCUGAUGAGGUCUUCACGGUCCUCUAUGCUGUGGUCACGCCCAUGCUGAACCCUGUCAUCUACAGCUUGAGGAACAAGGAGGUGAAGGAGGCUGCCAGGAAAGUGUGGGGUAGGAGUUGGACGUCCCAGUGA